UUCUGUCUGAGAACGCCCGCGCGGGGCUUUCGCGGGGCAUUAGUAUAUACUCGAGCUUUGCCUUCGUGUUGAAAUACUAUCAAAUGAACACGCACAUAUCUUGAUACAGAUGCUGCAUACAUCAUGCGAACGUUAGGCGACAUGCAAGCGUCAUCAUUGGCUGGGGAGCGCAUGGCCGUGAGGAAGUGGAGGAGCUCUGAGCUCGGCGGUCGGCAUGUUCGCAUAUGACGAAAUGGCGAGCAAUAAAUCCGAAGCUUCCCCAGAAUUCCACCACCUCUCAACACUAACAACAACACACCACGCACCCAAUUGAACGCACCACCUCAAUUGAAGCCACCAUGAACACCGCACUCCUCCGCACAUCAGCCCUGCGCUCCGCAGCCCGAGCCGCAGCUCCCACCACAUCUCGCGCCGGCCUCGCAGGCACGACAUUCGUUCGCGGCAAGGCCACGCUGCCCGACCUCCCAUACGACUACGGCGCGCUCGAACCCUCCAUCUCCGGCAAGAUCAUGGAGCUCCACCACAAGAACCACCACAACACCUACGUAACCUCCUUCAACAACUUCAGCGAGCAAAUCGCCGAAGCCAAGCAAAAAGAAGACAUCAAGGCGCAAAUUGCCCUGCAGCCCUUGAUCAACUUCCACGGCGGCGGCCACAUCAACCACAGCCUCUUCUGGGAGAACCUCGCGCCUACCAACCAGGGCGGCGGCGAGCCCCCGUCUGGCGCCCUGUCUGCUGCUAUCAACAACAGCUACGGCAGCCUUGAUGCGUUCAAGGAGAAGUUCAACACGGCGCUUGCGGGUAUUCAGGGCAGCGGUUGGGCGUGGUUGGUGCAGGAUACCCAGACGGGUGCUAUUCAGAUCAGGACGUAUGCGAACCAGGAUCCGGUCGUGGGGCAGUUCCGUCCUAUUCUCGGUGUUGAUGCGUGGGAGCACGCUUACUACCUCGACUACCAGAACCGCAAGGCCGAGUACUUCAAGGCUAUCUGGAACGUCAUCAACUGGAAGGCCGCUGAGAAGCGCUUCCAGUAGAUCUGAUGCUCCUGCGGCAGGACGAGGUUCCUAACUCGCCGUUAGCUAGCGUCUGGUCAAGUAUGAACGAUCUUCAUAGUGUAUGUAGUGUAGUAAUGCAAGCGAAUGGAUUAAUGCAAGAUUACAAAUCGUAUAUCAUCCUUCGUCCCAUAUAUAUGCCCUG